AUGACCAGCCUCUUUUCGUACAAUCGCAACACUAGAUCUCACAAGGAAGCCAUGAUUAGACUGUUCGGACACAGGCUGAUUGAUUCCUUCCUUUUGCAGAUGAUGUACGUCAGCGGCGAAACUGCCGAACCUCCUGCGGAAACGACGAGUAUCAUGGAAGACAUUGUGCGCCAGCAGGUGAUAGAGAUGCUGCGCAAUUGCACGGAGCUAGCCUCCCGUCGAGGGUCCAAGUCCAUCAGCAUCAACGACCUCAUCUUUCAGAUUCGCCACGACCAGGCCAAGGUCUCGCGGCUACGGACAUUUCUCAGCUGGAAAGACGUGCGGAAGAACGUGAAGGACUCGGAUGACAAGGGGGCCGACGCUGACCUCGCAGCUGGUGACGAUCCCACAGGCGGCGUGGUGGGCAGCGGUCCAGCCGACGAGGCCGCCAAGAAGAACAAAAAGUCCAAGAUUGGUCUUCCUUGGGAGCACGCGUCCCUAUACCCGGUGGAGGUGCCCGAACGCGACGACGAGGAGGACGAGGACGAGGACGAGAUGAACUUUAUCACCCUGCAGCGGUUGCGGCGUGCGGACGAGCGCACAAAGGUCAUGACUAAGGAGGAGUAUGUUACGUGGUCGGAGUAUCGCCAGGCAUCCUUCACAUACCGCAAAGGCAAGCGCUUCCGCGAGUGGGCCGGCUUCGGCAUUGUGACGGACAGCAAGCCCUCGGACGACAUUGUCGAUAUUCUCGGCUUCUUGACGUUUGAGAUGGUGCAGGUCCUGACGGAGGUUGCGCUCAAGGUCAAGGAGCAGGAAGACUUGGCGCGGGCGCAGAGCGGAGGGGCCGACGACGACGACAAGGCGGCCGGGUCGAAGAAGAGGAAGCUUCACCAGGGCCUCUUUGAUCCGCCCAGCGAGGGCAAGCGGCCGAUUGAGCCCAGGCAUGUGCAGGAGGCCUUUCGACGAUUCCAGCAACGGCCCAAGAAGUCAAAGGCUAUGCUGAACGGGACGAGGAUGGUGCAGCAUACGCCACUCAACAUUAUCUAA